UGUAUAUUUGUUUAAAAAGUUAUUUCUGGACAGGACAUUAGACAGCAUUCAAGAGAGCAGCAGUCUAGUGGAUGGCAGUUGGGUAGGAUCGGCUACAUUCUGGCUGUGUAACACAGUCAGACGGUAACCGAGUUCGAAACGAUACGUACAGACUUUGAUUGUGAGCCCAACAGAAGAGAGCUGCAUAAUAUUGUUUGUAAGUGAAUUGAAAUGUCUCACUUAAGAACAGAGAGACUGGCCAUUUCCAUCGCACAUCAAUGCACCGAUUUCAGACACGAGAAUCAGAUGAAGUUGUGCAAAUUACCAUUGGAAAAUUCCUCCAACUUUUCGGAGGCAUCCGCCAUAGUCAAGCGAUUCUCUUUCGGCAAACCCAACCAAUUAAAAUGUCAAACGAAGAAAACAAUUCUGUUGAUGGGAGCCACGGGAUCGGGAAAGACGACGUGGAUCAACGCCAUGGUCAAUUACGUCCUGGGUGUCGAAUGGGACGAUCCAUUCCGCUUUAUUCUCGUCGACGAAGAGGUCAGAGGAGGGUCGCAAGCUCACAGUCAAACCCAAGAAGUCACUGUCUACGACCUGCACUGUCAAGACGGAUUCCGCAUUCCAUUUUCGCUGACUAUCGUCGACACGCCGGGAUUUGGCGACACCGGAGGAAUUGCACGAGAAAGGGAAAUCAUUUCGGGAAUCGAACAGCUCUUUAAAGAUGAUAAGGGCAUCGAGGAAUUGGAAGCCGUCGGCUUCGUCGUCCAAUCCCCACUGGCCCGUCUCACGCAAUCGCAAAAAUACAUUUUCAGUGUGAUUGAUGGUAUGUUCGCCAAUGGCGUUAAAGAAAAUAUCCGAUUCCUCGUCACCUUUUGUGAUGGAAGAAAACCACUAGUCUUGGAUGCCAUCAAAGAGGCCAAACUUGCCUGUCAGACGGACUCCAAGGGAUUGCCGUGCUAUCAAAAAUUCAACAACGGCGCCAUUUACGUUAAUAACCAAGAUGAAGAGGACAACAUGUCACCCAAUGAAUGGAAAAACGGAAUGACGAAUUUCAAGUCCUUUUUCGAUGAGUUGUCAGUCAUGCCGACGAAAUCGCUGCAGGAGACAAAAGACAUUUUGAGAAUGGCGAAUAACGAUACCCGUAUGCUUGCUCAAGGUGCCACGGCACGUCACGAUGCCAUAGCGAAAAUGAAAUGCAUGUUGACCGAUGUCGACAAUAUUCGAAAAACGCUAAGCGAUCUGAAAAUGGAGGUGGAGAAAUUUCAACAGGAUAUCAACAUUAGCAAAACAGUGGGAACGGCGACUAACGCUGUCGGUGUCGGAUUGGCUAUAGGUGGAUGUGCUUUGGCUUUCGUGACUGGAGGAGUGUCUUUAGUGUUGACAUUUGGUGGCUUGGCUGCCACUGUGGCCGGAACGGGUGUCAAUGUAGGCGCCGAUUUGGCUGACAAAAUUUGGACCAAAGGAUAUCUCAAGACCAUCACCAAUUUAGCUUCUAGUCUUCAAAAGCGCUUCGAGGAACUAGAAAUGAGUCUGGCCCAGUACUGGACAAUCGUCCAGUGGUUGAAACAAAGCCACGGAUUGGACGAAAAUUGGUCGGUUUCCCUAUUACAACAACUUGGCAAUUGCGCGCUAGCCCACAGUGCCAAGGGAAAUGUGGCCGCCUUCGCAAUGGCUGGUGAACUGUACCGAACAAUCGAAAUUGCCAAAUCCGUCGGCACAUUAACCACAACAGCCACAGGAGGCACGUCCUACGUCAUCACUAAAACGCUGAGCGAGCUCACCGCAGUCGAAACAGCAGCCGUCAAGAAUAUCUUUGCAGUUGCCAGGACUGGGGCGACCGUACUUGGCAAAGUCCUUGAGGGAUCUUUUAUAGCACUCAACUUUGGUAUGGUCGUGUUUGAAAUCGUUUCCCUGGUGAAUUCCUGGACUAACAACCAUCCAGCAGUAAUUGCCAUUGACGACUUGUCUGAAAAAUUGAACUUGCUAGAAAACGAAAUCAAACAGAAGCUGUCUACCAUGGAGGAAGUGCAUUGAAUUCCUCCUCUUCUAAUAUCUCUCAAAAUCACAAAUUUGCCAUUUUUCUCCGCCAACUAACUCGGCUAAACUACUCUUCUACUUUUGGACAGCCACUUUCCACUUGCAGCCAUUCAUCUGGUCGCCUUCUGGUCGAGUAUUCCCAUAAAUUUGUUCGAGAUCAUUCUGGGAAAACCUGAAGCGAAUCUAGACGCGCAGGAUUGAUGUAGAAGAACUGCCCCCCAACUGUACAAUACCAUUGAAAUCUGAAACUUUAAUUGUCAAACUAUUGGAUGCAAAUGCGGAUGUUAGUCUACUAUACCCGAUAAAGAUGCUGAUUUGAUUGUACCCCUGGUGGUGGCGUCUGCAAUACAAAUGUUCUCCUUCACCAGAUGUACUACAAUGUCAAGAUGGUCCAAAAUACCAAUUGCUAACCAAGUUAGUUUGUCAAUUUGGACAAAUAUAAGGAUAUUUCAUCUCACGUGUGCCAAAAAAUUCCCAGAAGACCCAGCAGCACAGCCAACGCACAAAGCUUCAGGAGAAACCGCCAUCCACUUUGCAGUCGUAACUCGAACGUAACUGGUGCGUUACUCAAUCAACAAACAUCGGGACAACAGCAGACGCUCAAAUAGUAUAAAGAUAAACUAGCCGCAGAGUGGCUUGUCUGCAUUUAAACACUGGGCAAAAGAUUGUCUAGUGUCUAUAAGCAUGCCGGCCUUAAAUAGCAAGCAAAACAAAAAUCUUCAACCAUGUGUGUUACUAAUAUUUGUCGACGGAAACUAUAGAAUCGAAAUAUUAAAAAAAAAAUGUUGUUGGUAGCGAUAUCUCUAUCUAACCAGCUGGCUGAA